AAACACUUACCUUACCAAACAAGUAGAAAAUGGAGAAAACAAAAACACCACUCUUGUUGAUAAUUUCGUGCCUACUAACCGCCGCGGCCGACUCCGAAGCCGUAUGGUUCGAGAACAUCUGCCAGGGAAAGGAGAACCUUGUGAAGCUAACCGUGUACAUCCAAGACAUCCAAGGCGGGCCUAGCCCCACCGUCUACACGGUGGCCAUAUCUCCCAUCUCCGCUAGCUCCCCGGGCGGCUUCGGCGUGAUCAACGUGGUCGACCACCUGGUCACGGCGGGGCCGGACAUCAAUUCGGAGGCGGUCGGGCGGGCCCAGGGUCUGGCGAUCUUGGCGGAUCUGCACACGGUGGCGGCCUCCGAGAACAUCAACUUCGUUUUCACGGCGGGGGAGUUCAACGGCAGCACGAUCACCACGAUUGGCCGGAAUCAAGUGGCGAAUUCGGAGAGGGAGCUGACGGUGGCCGGAGGAACCGGCGCAUUCCGUUUUGCGCGGGGGUAUGCCAUCACGAGGACCUACUUGGAAGAUACCGUCGCGGAUUAUCUUGUGUUGCAGUACACAUUUUACGUGACACGCUACGCCGGCGCAUCACGCGGCACCGUCUAAUAUUCCGUUGUUGUAUUUGAGAUUAGUUUUUGUAAUAAGCUGACUAAUUGCGACUUUUAUGGUUCUACGUUUUAUGAAAUAAUUACGCCUAUAUUGGGUAUAGUAGUGAUGUUAUUGUAUUGUAACUGAUUGGAAUGAGUGAAUGGAUUCGGUUUUUUCAGUUGUCA